AUGCUACGUAUUGCGCAUAAGACUACAUUUGGUCUCAGAUUCUUAACAACCGAAAGAAAAUCCGUUUCGGUUGUGGGCUCUGGCCCAUCUGGGUUCUACACGGUUUGUAGACUGUUAGCGAAAGCCCAAAUUCCAUUAGAUGUUACAUUGUGGGAAAAGUUACCAGUGCCAUUCGGACUCAGCCGGUAUGGUGUAGCUCCCGACCACCCCGAAGUAAAGAACUGUGAGGAUACGUUCAGUCGAUGUGCCGAAGAAUUCGCACACGGUACAGGCAAAGGUCACAGUUUUCGAUUUGUGGGAAAUGUUGAUGUAGGAAGAGAUGUGAAACUGAAGAAACUGCUAGAAACCCAAGAUGCCGUUGUGUUAAGCUACGGCUGCAGUGGCGACCACAAGCUUGGAAUUCCUGGUGAGAAUACUACCGCUGGGGUGUUCACCAGUCGAGAAAUAGUUAACUGGUAUAACGGGCAUCCCGAAUAUUCUGGCGUUAAAGAUAAGCUCAGCUCUUUCGACUGGUCUAAAGUUCGUCGAGUUGGUAUUAUAGGUAACGGUAACGUCGCUCUAGAUAUUACUCGCGUCCUGUUGAGUAAUCAAAUCAAAGAUAUAUGGACUCACACCGACAUUAAUCCGGAAGCACUCAAGGCACUAAAUGAGGCGCCAGUUGAAAAUGUAAAGCUUAUAGCGCGCCGAGAUUUUUCUCACAGCAAGUUUACCAAUAAAGAAUUCCGCGAGUUGUGGGAACUCGAAAGGUUUGGUAUCAGAGGUACAAUAAGUCCUGAGUUCUUUAAAGCGAGCCAAUUUGACAUGAAGAAUGCAGAAAGAGUUUUUAAGCGUCGAGUUGAAAUGGUUUCCGAGUACAUGCUGCCAUUUGAUCAAAGGACAAAGAAGAAUUACAAAAAGCAUAGACCGCCUUCAACCAUCCCGUCAAGAACCUGGGAAAUGGACUAUUUAAAGACACCUUUAACUAUUAACGGGAAUUCAGAAGGCAAACUUGAAUCUCUAACUUUGUGUCGCAAUAUUUUGACUCAAGAUAACAAAUUAGAGCAGCGCAAAAGUGACACUUUGAACUAUGACCUAGAUUUGCUGAUCACCUCAUUGGGAUAUGGAAGUAGUGCCUUGGAAGAGUUUGAUGCACUCCAGAUUGGGUUUGCUACGAAUCGUAUUGCGAACACAAAUGGCUACGUUUUGGACACCAAUGGUGUUAUUGUGCGGGGGUUAUUUGCUGCGGGCUGGAUUCGCAGAGGCAGCAGUGGCGUUAUCGCUUCUACAAUGUCGGACGCUUUCGAAGUCGCCGAUGCGGUUAUCGCAGAGCUGGAAUCGGGUAGUUUACCGAAAAACAAAGACGUCGAUCUAUCUAGAAUUAAUUAUACUACGUGGGACGACUGGGAAAAGAUCGACAAAGAAGAGAGAAGUAGGGGCCAAUUACAGGGUAAGCCAAGGGUAAAAUUCCUAUCUACCCACGAAAUGUUACAGUUUUUGAGAAAGUGA